GCGGACAUGACGCUCGCCUCGCCUCUAGCAGACGAUCUCUCAAGAAGACCCUAAAGUGCAGUCUGCUGCAGCAGCAAGCCAGACGACAGCCCGAGCAUCAGUACUGCAUUGCAGAGUUUUCCGACCACAUCUCUGCACCCACAUCUUUCUCUGGAUUCUUUCACCCAUAAGCGAGGGACCCUCAGCGCAGGCUAGGCCAUGGAAGAUGAGCAGGACAGUGGAGCUCGAGGUGCUGAAUUGCUUAAGUUAAUAAUAUCUCUCUCAGAACGAGCUGGCAACAUAGCUCGACGUAUAAGGAAAGACGACCAUCUUAUUAAACUGUUGACACAACAGAAAGGUAGUGACGAAGCAAAUCCUCGUUUUGUUCAAGAUUUUAAAACAUUGGCUGAUGUACUUAUUCAAGAAACAGUAAGACAUUAUAUCGGCUUGAAGUUUCCAGAGUUAACACCCCACAUAAAAGGAGAAGAGAGUGCCAAAUUCAGCAACAUUCAUGGAGAAACUGUUACAGUUGAAGUGAAAGAAACUCAAGAAGAAACUGCCAAGAUGUUGUGCAAGGUUCUAGAUGGAGAUGAGGCCGCAGCAGAGAAGCUGGCUGAGGAAGUUCAUCAGGAGGUGCACUUGGAUGAUGUGAAUUUUGGCUCUGUGCCAUUGCCCUGUCAUCUAGUUUUGCCGAUUAAAGAUCUUGGGGUUUGGAUUGAUCCAAUUGACUCAACAGCCGAGUAUAUUGCUGGAGAUCCUGCAGGAGGUCCUCCAGUCAAUCCAGAAUCUAUGGUGAAAAGUGGUCUCCAUUGUGUGACUGUAUUGAUUGGUGCUUAUGAUCGAAACUCUGGCAUUCCUUUGAUGGGAGUUAUAAACCAGCCUUUCUAUUUGAAAGAUCAACAUGGGUACAUGGGAAGAGUCUGUUGGGGAGUGAAGUGGGGCAAUACAAGAGCCUUUUCCUCACCCAUUUGUGAUUGUGCCUCUAGAUCCACAAUUGUUGCUAUCAGUGGAAGUGAAAGCCCAGAGGUCAAGGCCAGUUUAGAAGAGGCUGGAUAUAGACUUUGUCAAGCAGCUGGCGCUGGUUAUAAGCUACUGUGUGUUAUUUUGGGAAUAGCACAGGCAUAUAUUUUGACACGGGACUCAACAUACAAAUGGGAUACAUGUGCCCCUCAUGCUAUUUUGAGGGCACAGGGUGGUGAUAUUUUGAUUCGUAAGAGUUUAGGAGACACAAAUGAUGGUGUGACAUACUCUACACCUGAUUUCGAUGAGGGUGUCCCUGAUCUAAUGGCUCAGUACUGUAAUCGAGGUGGUAUUAUAGCGUAUCGUAGUAGUAGCACCUUAAAUAACAUAAUUAGCGCCCUUACACCAGGCUAACUGUGUAUUUAGUGUUUUAAACCAAGCUGAUGUAAUUAAAAUUUUAUCACACUGUCCUCUUAGCUCUUAGUUCUUAUAUUCAAUCCCAUUUCAGAGCUUGAAUACAAUCUAAGGAGAAUAAUUAUUUUCUGUUGUCCAAUUGUUGUCAGUUUUUUGUGAUCUUAUGAGUAAAGAGAUCCAUAGUAACCGCUGCCUAAAUCCUUGCCAUAAAGUGACCUUAUUGUGAUAAUUCAUCUACUAUUCUCUGUAUCUUUUACACUAAGUCUUCACAAGAUUUUUAAUUAUUUGAGUUUGAAAUGAUUGUUGAUUUUGAAAUGUAAGAUUGUCAUUUUUUCUAAACAAUAAGUAAAUCUAAGAUUGUUAAAUUUUUCGCUGUAGAUUUUAUAUUGUUUGUUAAUUUUUGAUUGAGUUGUUGAUCUAAAAUUGUUUUGUGUUGCAUUCCAAAUCAAGGUUUUUGUUGUACUACGUUUUGUGUGAUCUCAUUACCAGUAUGAGUGUGGUUCUUUCUUCCUCUCCUCUCUACUACAUUAGUUGUAUCUCCAUAUGCAUUUAUUCAGUGUACCUUGCUUUGGAUUGUACAGGAAAUAGCCCCGAAUAUGUGUUGACCACAAUAGUUGAGCACCAUAGCUUUACUCGAUUAUUCUUUUAUAUUAUUUAGCUAUUAUUCUAAAAAUUUGUCAUUUCUUUUAGCAGAGAUCCGUCCCUUUUAAAUCAGGUAGUUCUCGUAAGAGAGGCUUUGAUCUUGUUUAAUUAUUUUAUGGACAUACUUACUUACUUAUAUCAUUGAGAGUUCUAUGUUUUUCUUAAUGUGAUGUAGUAUUGUAAUAUUAUUUUAUUUUCUCAUAUGGCUGAUGGCUGUCAAGUACUAUACAACUUUUUUGUGUUCAUGCAGGGUUUAGAAGAUUCGACUGGCUCGACUGGCUGCAAUUGUCAUUUGUUGGAUAUGUUCUAGUUAGAGAUCAGCCACCUUUAAAAGUCAUUAGAACAUAUCCAACAAAUUACAAAAGCCUCAAUUCAUUACGACAGAGAUCCUUUGUUUUUGUUUGUAAAUUUUCAUUGUUAAUAUGUAAUGUGUGUAUAGUAAUGCAAGAAAUACACAAAUUAAAUGAGCAUUUAAAAAACAGCAA